GCACAUUGUAAGUGUGAAUGGUUACCACAGUACCACAAUAACGUAAUCACAAGUGACUAGCUGUUUAACCACAUUACAUAUUGUGCUCUCCGUAACAACACGUCGAUUGCGCUGAUAACAAUCAAAGAAAAAUAAGUGGCUUCACUAUUUAAAUAUGUCUUUAAAUGGAGUGGCCGUGGAAAAUGGCGUGAAGCACAAUGGUGAGAAAAAUGGAAUCUACCAGGACAGUUCAAAUCAUCAGCCACAUCGAACGACUUACGAAGAGGAAUUUACCCAAAAUUACCCGGAGGUCGACAAUUUGGAUGGUGUUAGGUAUCCGGAUGGCUCGGUGCGUCUCCGGAAUCCGAAUAUUGAACUCAUGGAUCAAGACAUAUUGUACCACCUGGCGUUGGGAAGUGGCUCCCAUGACUUGGUCGAGAUGUUUGGGGAUGUUAAGUUUGUCUGCAUGGGCGGAACUCCCAAACGAAUGGAGCAGUUUGCCUACAACAUAAUGGCAGAAAUUGGCCACAAAUUGCCAUGCGGGACUACGCUGCAGGACAUCAGUCAUUUUUCCUACCGCUACUCUAUGUAUAAAGUUGGACCUGUGCUGUCUAUAAGUCAUGGUAUGGGAAUUCCAUCAGUGGGCAUUCUACUCCACGAAGUCAUAAAGCUUAUGUACCACGCUAAAGUUCGGGACCCCGUGUUCUUCAGGAUAGGGACUUGUGGCGGUAUCGGUCAUGAGGGUGGUACAGUGAUCAUUUCAGAGGAAGUCGUCGAUGGAGCACUUCGUAAUGUCCUUGAAUUGACAGUUCUUGGAAAGACGCUUCAAAGACCAGCAAAAUUGGAUAGAAGGCUUGCACGAGAACUCAAGGCUAUGGGAGAUCCGGAGGAUCCUUAUGACACAGUGACAGGCAAAACUAUGUGCACUUACGAUUUUUAUGAAGGUCAAGGUCGUCUAGACGGUGCAUUCUGCGACUUCACAGAAAAUGAUAAAAUGGAAUAUUUGGAGAGUAUUCAUAAAUCGGGUGUGGUGAAUAUAGAAAUGGAGUCGUUGGCUUUCGCAGCACUUACUCAUCAUGCUGGUAUUAAGGCGGCUGUCAUCUGCGUCACCCUAUUGGACAGAUUGAAAGGAGAUCAGGUUCUAGCUCCAAAGGAAGUCUUGGAUGAGUGGCAGCAACGUCCGACAAAACUUGUUUCUCGCCACAUUAAAAGAUACCUACAGAUGAAAGGACGUCUGUCCUUAGACGGACAUGGUUCUAUCGCUGUAAAGAGUCCACGUAGAUUCAAGCUGGUCCAGCAAGAGUCUGAAACCUACGACUAAAAUAUCAUAAUUGCGUGACGAAUGUGGAUUUUCAGAGAGAUUUCCGUUGAAAGUAUUGCGUAGUUCGAAUGAUACAUUUUAUCAAAUUACUGAAUAAUUGUUUGCAUUGGUCCUAAAAAAAACUCAAAUAGCUAAACGUAAUCAUGUGUAAAAUUAGUCAAUUUAAUUCAAAAGUAAAUCGUACAAAACCAUCAAAAUUGAAUUCACACAAUAAUUACUGCCACAAAUAUUUAAAUAUUUCUCGUUGACGCGUAUGUUGCCAUGUCAAUAAUUAUAUCACUGUUAGCAUUAAGUAUAAUUAUUGGUAUAGUUUAUUUUACAGUUCGAUAUCAGAGGAUAAAAAUAAUAGAUUUUGAUGCAAUGAAUAAUUUGUUUGCAUCCUUUUUUAUACCAUACACGGUUGUAACCCAAUGUGUUUUACAUUUUGAGGACAAUUAUUUAGUUAAGUGCCAAUACAUAUCUGUAUUUCUAAAAUGUAUACUUAACCUAGUUUUCAUUAUUUUCUAUGAAUUUUAAAGCUGGAACUUUAUAAUAUUUUACUUAUUUUUUACACCUUCUACUAACUUUAUAAAUAAUCCAUUUCUAAUACGAAAAAUGAUUACUAUUUUGCAGAAUUUAAAAAAUGUUUAGAUAAAAACUUUGUUAGUGUUUUUAAAGUACUUAAAAUGGAUAGAAGAGUUUGCGGUAGCGUAUAGACAAGUUUAAAUAAAAUAUUGUUUCGUUUAAUAAUGUUGAGUAAAGAACUAAUUAUUUAAAAAUGCAUCCAGCGUUGACCUUGUAUUGUGAUUGAAAGUAUAAGUCUACGUAAAAUUAAUAUCUUAUUAAAAUGCGGUUCAACAAAUACUUGAAAAAUUGACAUUUUUUCAUGAUUUUUGUGUUUUAUAUCUAAUGCAAUGGCUAUUGUUAAUGUAUGUCUGAGACGUUUUUCAAAAUGUAAGGAUAAAAAUGUAUGAUUAGUAGUUUGCCUAAGUAAGUUCCUAAGUGUUAAGAUUUCUGUUGAAAAGCUACUCCUAAGAUUUUUGACUCAGCACUCUAUUUAAUUUUAUAAUAGGUUUAUUACUGUAGAACGAAGGAACAAUAACUUAUCAUAGUUUAGUAUCGACUGAGGUCGGUGUGUUUUAAAAUGUUUUAACUUUAAAUGUGCUUCCACGGAAUAUUGUAUUUUAUUGUUAAUUGUUCAUGCACAAACUGUUGUCGAUGCUUACGGUGUUGAUAUCUUUUAUAGAAUCUCGACACGUUUAUAGUAAUAUUAUAUAGUAAGUAAAACGAUAGUUAUCGGAAAACAAAUAAAGAUCGCUUGCCAUCGAUUAAUCGUAGUGUUGAAGAUGUAACAACACGUUACAAAGGAGUGAAAGAAAUGAAAUAUAAAUUUUUCAAUGGGCGUUUCGUGUAGCGGCUAGAUAAUCGAAGAUUAAUCACUUGUAUUAAAUGGCACCAAUAUCUUAUAAGAAUAUGCCUAGUACUUUAAUAAGUGUUAAAAGGAUAUUUAAUAAUAAUCUCACUUUAUGUUAUUAUUGUUCAAAUAUUUGGAUUCUACAAAAAAAACUGUUCAAUCUCUUCCUAAUAUUCCAUUUGUUGAGAAAUAACAUAUCUAUUUAGCAAUUUAUCUACAUAUUGUUACCUUGAUCCGAAAUUCAAUGUAAUGUUAACAAAUUACAAUAUUUUCAUAAAUGGUAUAUUCCCAUGAAAAUGUUAGGUUUAUAUACUACACAAUAAAAUUUUAAUAUAAUGGUUAAUAAUAUUUAUAAGGGAUUCGAGAUGUUCGACUUUAAGGCUUAAGGUGUGUUAAAUAACGAAUUAAAGGAAUUUUGUUCUCCAAA